AUGGCCGCGCAGGACGGGCCGGCGGGCUUCCUCGCGGCGCUGGACGCGCUGGACCAGAAGGUGGGCGCCAUAUGCGAGGACGUGAAGAGCACGGCGGGCGAGCUGGAGGCGCUGCUGGACCAGGCGCUGGCGGCCGCGGGGGAGGACGGCCCGGGGCUGGAGGCCCAGCGCGCGGCGGCCCUGGCCGUGAGGGACGCGGCCUCCGUGGCCCUGGACGCCGCCCAGGCGACCUUGCUCGUGGUGCAGGCCGUGCGGCUGCUGGGCGAGAAGGGCCCCGACGACCUGAAGCAGACCAUCGUCGCGGCCAUCGCCCAGGUCAAGAAGCUGAUCCAGGACGCCUUCGACGCGGCGGGCCGCGCCAGGAAGGCCCUCGCAGUGCUGAAGGAGCCCGGCUCGGCGGCCCCCGAGCCGGAGGUCGCGGGCGAGGACAAGGCGAGCUGGCGCCGGCAGGUGGUGGACGCCGCCAGGGACGCCCUGAGGCAGGCCGAGGCGGCCAGGGCCGCGGAGCCCGCCCCGGAGGCAGGCGAGGCCGCAGCUCAGCCCGGCGAGCCAGAGGCCCAGCCUCAAGCAGACGACGGCGAGGGCCAGGCCGAGGCGCCGCCUGCGCCCGAGGCCCCGGAAGACGGGGAGCAGGCACAGCCGCCCCCGGAGGACGGUGCGGAGGCACAGCCGCCUCCAGAUGACGGCGAGCAGGCAGAACCGCCCCCGGAUGACAGUGCAGAGGCACAGCCGCCUCCAGAGGACGGUGCAGAGGCACAGCCGCCCCCAGAGGACGGUGCAGAGGCACAGCCGCCCCCGGAGGACGGUGCGGAGGCACAGCCGCCCCCAGAGGAGGGAGAGCAGGCAGAACCGCCCCCGGAGGACGGCGCCACAGCCGAUGCGGACGCAGCCGAGGACGGCGAGAAGGCUGAGGCUGUCCCAGAGGAGACGCCGGCUCCAGAACAGCCGGAGGAGGGGGAGGCUGCCCCUGAACAGGCGGAGGAAGGUGAAUAA